AUGGAAAAAAACAAAACAGUUUCAACCGAUAUUCUGGAGGUCCAAGGUUUUGACAUUUCUCCACAGUUAACGUAUCCUCUCUUUUUCUUACUGCUCUUUGUUUACUUCACCCUGCUUUUUUCUAACAUUGGAGUCCUUUUGCUUAUCAUUUCUCAGAAGAGUUUGCACCAGCCAAUGUACUUUCUGUUUUGUAACCUGUCUGUCAAUGAUCUCAUAGGUAACACAGUCCUGCUGCCUCAGCUAAUGGCUCACAUCUUGGCAACCGAACGGUUUAUCACCUACAAACAGUGUGUGGUUCAGGCUUUUCAAAGUCACACAUUUGGAUCGGCUUCACAUAUGAUCCUAUUAAUAGGUCUUACUGUGAGGCUGUCCCGCUGCAGAUCCACUAUACAAAAUUCUUACUGUGACAAUGCAUCACUAUUCAAGCUUUCUUGUGAGGACGUGUCCAUAAACAACAUCUAUGGACUCUUUUUCACUGUGCUGCUGUUUACUAGUUCAAUUGCAAGCAUAGCUGCCACCUAUUUUAGAAUUGCUCUCAUUUGCUGGAUUAAGAAAAACAAAGACUUAAAUAACAAAGCGCUGCAAACAUGUGCAAGCCACCUUGUUCUUUAUCUGAUCAUGCUCUGGUCAGGAUUUUUAACAAUUAUUUUGCAUCGUUUCCCAAAUUACCCAGACUUAAGGAAAAUUGCAUAUGUUUUAUUUCAUGUUGUCCCUGCUAAUCUGAAUCCAAUAAUUUAUGGAAUGCAAAUGAGAUCAUUAAGACAUAAAAUUACUGAAAUACUAAAAAGAAAAGUGACUCCAUCCUAA